AUGCUACUCCAAAACAUACUAUUUCUCUUUCUCAGUCUCCCGUUUUUGGCAUGGUCUGCCCCAGUCGAUGACCCACCAAUCACCCACGAAGUUUGGUUCGACAUAUCCCAAGGCGAAGAAUCACUCGGAAGAAUCACUUUGGGGCUCUUUGGUACAGUGGUUCCUAAAUCGGUCGAGAACUUCGUGGCGUUUGCCGAAGGUUGGAAUGGAGUGGGCUACAAGGGCACCAUAUUCCACAGAAUCAUCAAAGGGUUCAUGAUCCAAGGGGGUGACUUUGAACGGGGAGAUGGUACCGGGGGUUACUCAAUCUUUGGCAAGAAGAUGCCGGAUGAGAACUUUGCUCUCGAGUUUAAGAAACCAGGAUACCUUGCCUACGCCAACUCCGGCCCAGACUCCAAUGGGUCGCAAUUCUUCAUCACCACCGCGAUCACCGAUUGGUUAAAUGGCCACCACGUUGUGUUUGGUAAAGUCAUUGAUGGAUUGAAGACUGUAGCCACCACUGAAAACGUCAAGACCGGGCGUAAUGAUAAACCAGUAGUCGACGUGGUGAUUUCCGAUGUGGGGGUAAAGAAGUUGGAGGUUAGUGACACCGACGAGGCCGAUUGGGAACAAUCAACCAAACCAGUUGAAGCCAGUCAUAAAGGAUGGGUAUUAUUUGUGUUGUUGAUAUUUAUUGGGAUCACUAUUUAUGGUAUCCGGUUGAGAAGUUUGCAAGCCAAAGAAAUCAAGGAAGAAAUCGAGUUCCACAGAAUUUGA